GCUGCUGGGGAUGGCGGGGGGAGGCGGUUGUGAGGGAGGUGUUUAUUUGCACGGUGCUGGUUUUCCUUACACUGUUAGUGCUGUGAGCUGGGGCUCCUGGGGGCCCUGUUCGUGCUGCUGAAGCCCACUGGAGCCCCCUGUUCUUGCUGUGGGAUCUUAAAAUUACUUCCACGGAAAAAUCAGAGUAUGCUUAAACGUGUUUCUUAGCAUUUGGAUCCUCGGAGAUGUACGAUCAGUUGGGCUGCUGGGGAGGAAUGGGGAGCCGUGGGCACAGGGAGCCGUGUGCGGGAGGCAGCCCUGCCUGCCCAGCCCUGCCCAGCGCAGACCCAUAGCCUUUCUACUUGAGUUUUGACACGCCUGAUGAGCAGCGCUGUGUGCACAGGGGUUGUUCUCGGCGUGAAAAUGCUCCCUGGCCAUGCACACAGCUGCAGGGUGUGUUGCUUCCCAGCUGGAGCUGCUCCGCAUCGCAAGGGCUUUGCAGCCAUAACCCCCCUGCUCCCCCUGCUCCCCCGGCUCCUCCUGCAGCCCCACCAGCGCUUGUCCCAUUGCAGGAGCUCGCCCCGUGCCUACUGCAGCACCCCCAAAAGCUGCUCUGUGAGAAGCACUGCUCAGUGCAAAGCCUCACGGUCUCCCUGGGAAACGAUGCGAGCUGCUUUCACAUCCGUGGGCUCGGGUUUUGUUUUUGAGCUAAAUGCAGGUUUCUGAUCCCACACACUGCUGUGUGCUGCUGCAUCUUGCAUGAGGCUUGGAAAAAAAUCACCGCGUAUACUUGGGCUGCACCGCUGGGUCUUCUCUGGCCUCCCUGGGGUGCCCCUAUGAGCUUGGAAGAGAACAAAUACUGGCUCUAAGCCACUUGUCCCUUUGGCCCUGGGGACUGUCAUUGACACACUGUCCUUGCAGCACCCUGCAGCCCCCUCCCAUCUCCUGGCCUCUCUGUUUGCACGUGAUGCAAAAAUGUGGCACAGGGGAGAAGUGGGCAGACAGCUGGCCUGGUGACACCCUCCCUUGGCACAUGUCAGUGCCCGCUUGGGGGUACCUGCACCCCAGCUCUGGGGUGUCUCCCAGCCCCCUCCCAGCAGCCGUGGGAUGCAGAGGCCAAACCGGUGUUCCUGGUUCAGUAUCCCGUGCCCUGCCAGAUACAGAGCCUUACUGCUGUCAUCAUCACAAGCCAUUUAUCAGACUUGCCUAAUGGGUGUUCAUGAGUUAACUGAUGAAAGUGGGAGCCUUGCUUUGCACUGUUCCCCACAACUCUUGCAGCCUCGUGCUGAGUAAUAAGAGGUAGUCAGGAGUCUCACUGCUGUUCCCAUUUACUUUCACUGUUCAGCCCGAGCUGCCCCUCCAGCAGGCAGCCAAGGACUCCCAGGCAGCCUGCACUCUGUGGCUGCGAGGUGCCUGGGGCCACGCUUGCUUUUCCCAUUAUCUCCACUUGUAGCGCACACUUUGAUCCCACUUGGAUCGAGUGCCCUGCUGGCACAACGCUGCACAAAGUUCUGCGUUUACACGAGCAGGGGAAAGCAGCGCGCCACGACACCCACAGCGAGCAGGACCUGUGCCGAGAGGAGGAGGAAGGGAUCUCUGCAGAGUGGGGCCAGGCCGGAGGAGCAGCAUGGACCUCGACGUGCUCAACAUGUUCGUCAUAGCCGGCGGCACCCUGGCCAUCCCCAUCCUGGCCUUCGUGGCCUCCUUCCUGCUGUGGCCCUCAGCGCUCAUCCGCAUCUACUACUGGUACUGGCGUAGAGCCCUGGGCAUGCAGGUCAGAUACGUAAACUGUGAUGACAGCUAUCAGUUUUGUUAUUCCUAUAGAGGAAGACCAGGGUACCGGCCAUCUAUCCUGAUGCUACAUGGCUUCUCAGGCCACAAAGACAUGUGGCUGUCCAUAGUCAAGUUCCUCCCCAAGAACCUGCACCUAGUGUGUGUGGACUUGCCCGGGCAUGAAGGCACAACCCGCUCAGCCUUGGACGAUUACUCCAUUAUGGGACAAGCGAAGAGAAUCCACCAGUUUGUGGAGUGCAUCAAGCUGAACAAGAGGCCCUUCCACCUAGUUGGCACCUCCAUGGGUGGGAAUGUUGCUGGGGUUUAUGCCGCGCAGUACCCGGAGGAUGUGUGCAGCCUGACUCUGAUAUGUCCUGCAGGGUUGCCGAGCUUCACCGAUAGCAAGUUCGUCAAGAUGCUCCGGGAGCUGAAGGAGUCUGAGCGCACCGACAGGAUCCCACUGAUUCCCUCGACACCCGAGGAGAUGGCCGACAUGCUGAAGCUCUGCUCCUACGUUCGCUUCAAGGUGCCGCAGCAGAUCCUCCAGGGCCUGGUGGACGUCCGCAUCCCACACAAUGAUUUCUACCGAAAAUUGUUUUUAGAAAUUGUGGAUGAGAAGUCCCGGCAUUCCCUCCACGAGAACAUGAACAAGAUCAAAGCACCGACGCAGGUCAUCUGGGGAAAGCAGGACCAGGUCCUGGAUGUUUCUGGUGCUGACAUCUUAGCAAGCGCCAUCCCGGACUGCCAUGUGUCCAUCCUGGAGAACUGCGGCCACUCAGUGGUGGUGGAGCGGCCACGCAAGACGGCAAACCUCAUCCUGGAAUUCCUGGCCAUGCUGCACAGCACAGGCAACAGCAAGAAGCAGGCGUGACGGGGCCAGAACCGUGCCGAGGCCGCGUCUCGGAGCUGUAACACAUCGAAGCAUUGAUGAGUUCUCAGGGAUUUGUACAAACCACGGUGAACGUGCCAAAGUCCCUGAGGCAGGCAGAGUCACUGACACACCAACCUAUAGCACUGCUGACACAGCGACCUAGGACCUCUGAGCAACCCAUGUAGAUGCAGGAACAGGACUUGAGCCUUUUCUACUCCUAGGUUACAGCAGAAAUGAGCAGAAACCACAACCCACUAGCCAUGCAGUGUGCUGAAGCUCCCUUUGCAGCCCACAUUGCCCACGUUGCUGGCACACAGUUGUAACUGACGUUCCCCUGGACCCUCUGACGAACGCAGAGAGGAGGAAGCGUCCCGGAGCGUGACUCGCCGUGUUCCCACCCCGUGAGCGCCGCGUUGCAUGCUGCCGUGCUGUGCAAACCCCACGCUCCGGGCACGGCGCUCCCCUCCUCGUUCGGAUGAUGAGAGAGAAGGUGUGGAAGUCAAGCAGCUGUGUGUGUGCAGACACGUUCACACCGCGGGUGUGCACAUUUCCUCAGAUCCCUGAGCAGCUCCUGUGCAUGCGUGAUGCCUUAACAGCCUGCGUGGUGGGCAAGCGCGGGGCGAGCGUGUCUCGGCUCCUUUCUGUCCCCUUGUGCUGCAGAACGCUCCGAUGUAAAUAACAAGUUUCUUAAUGAAUUCCGUGAAUUCUGUGAAUGGUGACGGUGCUGAAAACGUGUGGAAGAGGGGAACCGGCCGGUGCGUGGCAGCCACCACGCCGAGGUACCUGUACAUAUGUUUGGAACUCCCCCAGUGGUUUCUCUGCUCUUUUGGAGAGAAGAAACGUUCGUUCUUUUGGAAAAUUAGCAAUUUCCUGUUAAUCGCUCAUUAUGGUUUCUACUACAGGAGUUGAUUUAAAAAAAAUAAUUUAAAAAAAAAAUUGCUGAUAGUUUUGUGUGGUAAAAGGCAGAAAAGAGAUUGUUAGGUAUCUGUAUGGUUUCUCAUAUGCCACAGAUUGCUGUCUGCAGAGGAUUUCUAUGGCAAUUAAAAUCUAGGAAUUUAAAGAGU